AUGGGGAAAGGAUACAACUGGAUGUGCGCCGCCAUUGCUGGCUCUGGCAGUGUGCUUUACGGUUACGAUGCUGCCGUUAUUGCUGGAACAUUUUCACAGGAAGGCUUCUUGGAGUACUUUAAGCCUAGCUCUACCGUUCUCGGUGCCAUUGGCUCGUGCUACUUUGCUGGCCUGAUCGUCGGACUCUUCUUCGUUGGUCUGCUGGCCGAUCGAUUCGGGCGUAAAAGAACGAUUCAGAUCGGGGGUGUCAUUGGCCUCAUCGGCGCCAUCUUCCAGACCGCCGCGCAGGAAGUCGGGCUCUUCUUCGCCGGCCGAGUGGUGGCAGGCAUCGCCUCAGGCAUCAUGUUGACCACCGUCAACGUCUAUCAGGCCGAAAUUGCUCCUCCUCAUCUUCGCGGCACUAUGGUGGCCUUCCAGAUUGUGACGCUCAAUUUCGCCGGGACUCUGGCUUCGUGGAUUGGCUUUGCCUGUAAUUUCUCCUCCAGCGCAUCUUUCUCAUGGAGAUUUCCCAUCGCCAUGCAAUGCGUACCGGCCAUCCUCCUCAUCAUCGGAUGCUUCUUCAUCCCCUUCUCGCCUCGAUGGCUGAUCUCUAAGGACCGACACGCCGAGGCCCAGGCCGUCUUGCAACGACUGCACGAUGACCAUGAAGAUCCCACCUUUUGGGAGAAGGAGUAUCUCCAGAUCUCCGCCCAACUGGCCGUCGAACAGAAAGAAAAGGCCGACGCCUCGUGGCAUCAUAUCCUCAGUAACCCCAAAGAACUGCGCCGUGUGGCCACAGCUGUGGCUUCCAUGACUUCCGUCCAGUGCGUUGGUGCUCAAACCAUUCAAGUCUUUCAGUCCGUCUUCUACGCUGGUCUUGGUUACACCACCCGUCGUUCUCUCUUGAUGACCGGCGUCUUCGGCAUUUGCAACAUGACCGGUGGCUCGGUGAAUUUGAUCCUGAUCGAUCGCCUGGGUCGACGCAAGCUCUUCCUGUCUGGCUUGUUCAUCCUGUCGGUGUGUUUGGGCAUUUUUGCCGCCGCCACUGCCAAAUUCGCCCAGACUAGCGAUCCUGUAUGGGGUAGAACCGGCAUCGCCUUCAUCAUGGUUUACAUUUUCUUCUUCGGAUGUACCUUUGCCGCCUCUCCAUACGCCUACGCCGCCGAAGUACUUCCCACCAAGAUCCGCGCCAACGGCAUGGCUGUGGCCCUAUUCGUCGCCAACGCCAUCACCUUGACCUUUAGCCAGACCGCCCCGAUCGCGCUGGACAAGAUCGGCUGGAAGUUUGACCUGGUGUUUAUCGCCUGCAACGUCUUCUUUUUCCCCAUCAUCUUCUUCUUCUUCCCUGAGACCAAAGGAUUGACCCUCGAGGAAAUCAACCACGCCUUCGGCGAAAAGGUCGAAUUCGAACUGCAGGACAUUUCCGAUGAACAGGCCGACGCCGCCAAGAUCCAUGUCGACGUCGCCCAAGUCGAACGGGCAUAG